GAUGUUGACUUCUCUGAAGCAAAGAUGAAAAAGUUUCACGUCUUGUCGUGUCCGUGAGUAGUUACUGAAUCAAUGAUAUUAUAUAGCAAAAAACGGAACCAAGACCAACUGUGGCUGCCGAAAAACACGGCAAGAUGAACAACCCUGAAUUGUAAGUAUCCGCAACAGCACAGUACGUAGAACUUCUACAACGAAAAAAUCAACCAAGAAGAAAAUGCAGCAACAGCGCCCCCAGAUCGCGGAUAUCGAGAACAACCGCGGGAAUGGCCCAGGCUACAGUGCCAUGCCCGGGUCCUCCCAGGGCCUUUUUGCCGACCCGCUUGGGAUCCGGAAUAGAAGAAGCUCGACAGGAAGUACUUCUAACGCCAACAACGAUCCAGGAGCGAACGAUUCCUCGAAGACGAAGAUGCCCGGUACGCGCAAGUCUUUCAGCGAUCACGACCGACAGCGCCAGACCUACAACAGGAUCAUGGCAAAAUCCAUGGCUGCUGGGAACAGUAACCAGGGGUCAGUCCCGUCCACAGGGAGCCAACUGAACAACGAAGGUCCAACAAGUGGAGCGCAGCAGGGCGGACUCGAUUUGUCCUUCGCUGGAUCAAAUGCAAAUGGCGGAACAGGGGCGAAAAAAGGAGUAGACGUAAGCCGGUACGUCCAGGCGCAAAAUCAGCCACAGGGCUAUCGCUUCAGCGGGCAAACGACCUCGACUUCUGCCGGUGCUGCCAACAUGCGCGGAGGUGCUGGUGCGGGAGGAGCGACAUCAACAGCUGCUACACCGCCUAGCGAUGCUGUUGCUGGUAAUUUGAACAGAGGAAUGAAUAACCAGCAGCAACUCAUCCAGGCCGUCCCUCGGAGCGGUCGCAGCGCCCGAUACCGCGAGGCGGAAAAAGAGAGCCUGUUUGACUGGUCGGCGGUCGCCAACUGCUGCGGUUUGCGAGACCGUGACAUACCGGCUGAAGUGGUAGCUGCGAACAACAAUAACCCAAUGUCGCUGCAAUCAUCCCAACCGAGAAUGAACAACCAGGUUACUACAACUACGGGCAGUGAGUUGAACGCGUCAAGGCAAGAGAACUACGGGGACAGCAUCUUUCGCAGUGGCAGAUUCGCAACCUCUACCGAGGCAUCGAAAACCGCAACUGCAAACGACCCGAGCAAUUUACUCGGCUAUUGGCAGGAGGAGGACGAGAGUGAUCUGGAGGCACAGAACAAGGAGCGGCAGAAGUUGGCCGCGAAAAUCGACGCGCAGUUUAAGUCGCAGGAUAAUAUGAAGGGAGAAACAAGUGCAGAAAGCAAAGCUGCUGCGGAGGCGAAGGCGAGCGCGGCGAAGAAAGAGGCCGCGGCGGGGAGCAGCAAGUCGCUGAAGCAGGAGCAGGAAGCGAGGAGCAAGCUGUACAACCCGCUAUCAUCCGGCGGAACUACGCCGUUCAAGUGGCCAGCCUGGGCCCUCAGCAAGCGACCAGGUAUGACGUGGUUGAGUUGGGCAAUGUUUCAAAACUAACAAGAAGUGCCAGCAGCGUUUACUUGAUAUUCGCUAUUGCGGCGUACUUGAACUUUAUAUACAUCGUGCUGAAAUCAACAUUUGUGUAAUUUGUUCACCGAUUCGCAUUCGCCUUCGCGCAGCAUGCCUGUCCACUUCACAUUGACAAACUCAGGUCUUUUGGAAGUGCGUGUCGUGGACGAUGAGCAUCCGAGUGGGGUGCCGCAAGUGCAGUGGCUGAUCGGGAUUCCGAAGCAGAGAGUCGUGGACGAGUCGGGGGCGGACGCGUUUCUGCUCUGCGAAUACGACUGGCACGGCGAACGCUUCGAGGAAGACUUUCCUCCGAGCAGCGUGCGCCGGGCGGGGCAGAAGGAAACCGUGGCGGACCUUUGGCAGUCGGGGGAAAUGUAAAGAAACAAUGAUAUUAAUAUCAGCAGGUAGAACCUUGCAAAUGAUCUUCUGGUGCUUAGUUGCACUUAUUGUAGGAAGUUUUCAGUAGUUUCGAUGAAAAUGAAAUGUACUAGAUGCUCGUCAGAAAUACACCUAUGUUUCAGUUUGAAGUGAAAUUCUUGUACUUCUCAAUGUACGAAAGCGAACCUGGUCGUCGUGAAUAAACUAUCAAAAAGCUGAAGAU